GCCUGCGCUCAGCAUGCAAAAGAGCAGGGCCAAGGGAGCGAGGCGGAGAUGGCAGAGGGGGCGGCAGUGGGCAGCCGGCGAGGCGGUCCGGUCCGGGUUUUGCCGGCAGCCCCCGGGCAGCAGCAGCAGCAGCAGCCCUGUGCAAUGUGGUUCGGCUGUCUAUGUACUUCCAGAGCGAGGAGGGAUGUAGAGAGCCGUAUGUUUUGUACCAGCACCGCAGAUGAUGACCCUGCACUGACCCUGCCCUGAAGACCCCUGCAGCAGCGUUGGAAGGAUUCCCCCAUUGAUUAUAAUUAUUUCAUUUUUGGUGGUUGGUUGGUUAGUUGCCGCGGCGAGUGGGGUUUGGUUUUUUGGUUUGUUCUGGUUUUUUUAACACCAUGUCUAGUCCUGGUGCCCCUCAAGACGCUGGUAACAAGCCCAACAUGUUGGACAGAAAUAACCCAGAGGACUCGCAGCCCCCUGUUAACUCCGAGAGGAGGAACAAAAGUGGGAUCAUAAGUGAACCUUUGAACAAAAGUCUUAAGAAAUCGCGUCCACUCUCCCAUUACUCCACCUUCAGCAGCAGCAGCUCGGUAAGCGAACAUUCAGAGAAAGGAAACUCCUUAGCUAAUGGCAAUGAAGCAACAACUGUGGAUAAAAGUCACUCUACCUCAAAGCACAAAAAUAUCUCUAGUAUGCUGAGCAAAUCAGACAGGGCGUCAGAAAUCUCAUCAGAAGGACAGAUCAGCCUACAACAGUUUGCUCAGUCUACAGAUAUGCUCAAAAGAGUGGUACAGGAGCACAUUCCUUUACCAAAUGACCACGGGACUGGUAUCUCUGAUAUGGAAGCGGUCUCAGCUGCAGAGACAAUGAACAGCCCAUGAUUUCCUUACCUGGGGGCUUUUCCCAUAAACCCAGGCCUUUUCAUUAUGACACCUGCUGGCGUGUUUCUGGCAGAGAGCGCGCUCCAUAUGGCUGGCUUGGCAGAGUACCCAAUGCAGAAUGAAUUGGCAUCUGCCAUCAAUUCUGGGAAAAAGAAACGGAAAAGAUGUGGCAUGUGCCCUCCGUGCCGAAGACGGAUAAACUGCGAGCAGUGCAGCAGUUGUAGGAAUCGCAAAACUGGCCACCAGAUUUGCAAAUUCCGAAAAUGUGAGGAACUCAAAAAGAAGCCGUCUGCAGCGCUGGAGAAGGUGAUGCUUCCUACAGGAGCUGCAUUCAGAUGGUUUCAGUAGGAAUGAGAAUUCCAAAGCUCUGUCAUCCAAGUGCAAUGUCACUGCUUGCUUGUGUUGUCUCAGGCAAGGAAUUUUUUGGCUGAAAUGAAUGGAUGCACCCGUGUCUCUUUAGAACCAAAAAUAUUUUCUCGCAGAUUUCAUUCCUGUUUUAUAUAUAUAUUUUUUUUGCAUUUGUUUUAACAUCUUCAAGUCCUAGUAAAACAUUUAACUGCUUUUCAAAUAAUAAUAAUAAAAAAAUGGAUCUGUAAAGUACCAAGACUUAAUAGACAGAGUAUGGACAAUCAGUUUCUUUCUGUGUUUUGGUGUUGAUGUUGUUUAUGUGUGGAAGAUGCAGUUCUUGUGUAGAGAAUGUAAAUUUACAGUAACCUUUUAAAAUCUAGUUACUAAUAAGCACUACUGUAAUUUAGCACAGUUGUUUAAUUACACCCUCAUUUAUACUUUUUAUUUGAUUAUUUCCCAUCAUAAAAUAGAGUGGAUAGUUUCUAGAAUGCCUCAACUUCAUGUUUAUAAAUGAGAAUAUGUUUAAAACGAUGUAGUAUCCCUUUUCCUAACCAUUCACAUAUGUAAGUUUAACCAGCAAGAAGCUUGGUAUUAAAAAUGAAAGAAAAAUUGCUGCAAAAUGGGCAGUCUUGGAAAAAAAUCAUUGUUAGUUUAUUAAUCUAGAACAAGAAAUACUGCAUACAGGGAAAACAAGAUCCUAAUUGCAAUGGUUUACUUAUAGAAAUCGUUUUUAUAAACUUACUGAAGUUAAAAGCAAAAUAAAAAAAAUUGCAGGACCUGUGCUGAAGCAGUUCUGAAAGCUAAUAUUUCUCUUAUGUUCAAAUCCCCGUCUCUCCAGCUCUCUCUACAUCAGUAAAUUGAAAUGCUGUUUGUACUGUUUUAGCGAUCCAGGCUGUUUUGUGAAUAAAAUGAAUGCAUGUUUUGUGUCAUGA